CUACAGUUCAUCAAACACAGAAUGACCUCCGUCAGUUAGACCGCUCAAGGACGUGAGGGAACGCGCGUCAAGUUUUUGGAAUUCUUUUUUUAUCGUGUCCUACAUUAUGAGAUUACGAUCGUCUAUCCGCAAAGCAAGUCAGACUGUUAAGUGUUUAAGGGAGGAUGCUGACGUUAAGCCAAAACCACAUGCUACUAAUGGUAAUGUUUCCGCAGAGAUCAAAUAUAAAAAUCCUAACUCAAGCUCACUAAUUCCUAAAAAUCCACCGUUAAUCUGUAGAAAUGAGUCUGUAAAUAAACGUGUUAAAAAAGACAAAAAAACCCCUGUUAUUCCAGAAGACCCUUAUCUUUUUGUGGACAUUGACAGUGAUGAUAAUAAAGAGAACAUUAAUCCUAAUAGUUCAAAAGAUAUAACCAAAAAGUGUAGCACCAAACAAAUACAUUCAGUUGUGAAGGCAAAGGCGGCCAACCCCAAAAGAUCAAAGUCAAAACAGUGGUGUGCAUCAACAGCAUUCACAAAGCAAUACAUUCCUCCAGAAAAAUUUAAUAUCGCUAGAUAUGAAUGUACUAUAAAUGCAGGCACACCUCAAUCAAUCAUAACAGCCAUUCCGCUUGUAUCAAAAACGGUGAAUUUCGAGUCUACUCCAACACUACCUGAGUCCAAACAGUCAAUUAAUCCAAGAAAUCUAACAGCCUCUUGCUCUACUAGUAAAAACACUUUUAGUUGUGUAGAAAGUAACAAAGUUUCUUCGAAUUUCCUAGAAAGGGUCUCUGGUUCUUGUCAAGUUGCUAAUAGUGUCUCAAACACUCCAGAAUUGGAGAAAGGUGUUUCUAUACAUAAUGUAGAAGGAUCUAUUACAAGACAUUGCAAAACAACACUGACUUCCUUAAAUCCGCGAAUCGCCUCAACUCCAGCAAUCUCUAAUCCUAACAAUGAGUUACAGAUGUCCGUAGGAUGUCGUGCACUAAUCCCAACUCCGAUAAAUUAUACUUCAAAUAAAAGAAAUGAAAACAGUCACAACGAUUCCAGUCAAGUUGUAGAAAGCAAUUUACCAAAUAACCCAUCUUCUGAUACACACUCAGCCAUAACAGAUAACGAAAGCUCGUCUAAGGAUUUGAGCAAAGAAUCUACUUCUAGCAGCGGUCGGAGACGUAAACGAGAGUCUGAAAGCGAAAGACAGGUUUGUAGAUUCUUUAUGCUAUUUCGUUUGGACAACUGCAUUACUUAACUUUAAAUUACUUGCAUUAAGUCACAGAUUUAGAUCCCGUUCCAUCUACUUCCUUUCGGUCAACCGGAUAGUAUCACUAGCCAGUUCUCACUUAGAGUGUGACUCAAAGAAAGCAUAUGAUUCAUGGUUAGCUGAAUUCAACAAUGAACUACAUAAGUAUGAAUCAUUUGAAUUGAGUGUAGAAAACGAGACCCUAUCACUAGAUGAUCACUAAAUUGUCAAACUACACAUCCACCAUAAAUUUUAAUAUCCUUUAUUUUUAAUUUUUUGUUCAUACAAUUCCAGAUCUUACAAACUGAUAUUUAUUUUAUUUGAACUUGUACAUAUUUAUAUAAUACAAAUAGAUCUAUA